GAUUACCAAUUUAGGCAAGUUUUGUUGGAGAGAAUAGACGUACAUAUCCAUAUCAGGAAGUCGACUUUAUUUAGUAGGUAGGCUUUAAGGGCAGGUAUAACUGAGGGACCCCACCCUAACUUUAGUCAGUAAGAUCAUAUCAUGCAUCAGGACAUGAAUAGUGAGCUCCAUUUUCCACUGAUCCGGACCAUUGAUCUUCCAUGGGUGGGGAAUGCCUUGGUUAUUUUCCAGAUUGAGAGAUCCUAGCAGUUCAAUAUCUGCACCUUUUCCAGACAUCUGUUUUUUGUCCAGUAACUGAAGGGUUAGGAUCUUCUGAUAUUGGUGGUUUUAGGCCAUCCCAAAUCCAUGGUGGGCCCAACCAGAUCAACAGUCCGGAUCGGCAAAUGAUGGGCCUCAGUCGUAUGAACCGGCGUAGAUGAGGACAUUGUUCAUGUCCAAAUUUUGGUUGAUGUCCCAACAUGCAUUCUCUUAUGUUAUCAUGCAGGUUGAGAAAUAUAUGGGCCCAACCCCAUGAACGGGCGUCAAACCUAAUAUCCACUAUGAUGAUCUGUUCUAUGAGGUGGACCCCACGACUAAUUUUCUUUUGAUAUCCUGCAGCAUAUAUAAAUACAUCACUCGUUUCCCUUCAUCUCAUUCAAGCAACCCAUUCAAGCAACCAAAUCAAGCACAAGCUACUUGUAAAACCCUUGUCACUUGGUAUUUUUUUACUAGGCAUUUCUCCCAAGACAAUGAAAGCAGGAGCAUUAGACGGUGGAGAAGCCUCCAUGGCUUCAGAUGCAAGGGGUAGGAUGAAUAAAGGGAUCUCUAUACUAGAUUUCAUUCUCAGGUUAGUUGGAGUCGUGGGCACGUUAGGAAGUGCCAUAGCCAUGGGCACGACCGAUGAAACUCUCCCUUUCUUCACCCAGUUCAUCCGAUUCAAGGCCAGUUAUGACGAUCUCCCUUCUUUCACGUUUUUCGUGAUUGCGAAUGCGAUUGUGUGUGGGUAUCUUGUGCUCUCGCUACCACUUUCCAUCUUCCACAUCGUCAAGAGUCAAGCGAGGGGGAGUAGGAUAAUAUUAAUCCUCUUCGACACGGCAAUGCUAGCACUCCUAACAGCCGGAGCUUCAGCAGCAGCUGCAAUAGUGUACCUAGCUCACAAGGGCAAUGCUCGGGCGAAUUGGUUGGCAAUCUGUCAACAAUUCAAUUCCUUCUGCGAACGCAUUUCGGGCUCUCUGAUUGGCUCCUUUGGCGGCGUGAUCAUCUUUGUACUGCUUAUCUUGCUGUCUGCCUUAGCAAUCUCGAGGCGUUGA